AUGGUGAGCGUCAAGGAGCUGGACCGCCACGUGCGCAAGGCCGCUUUGGACGCCCUGGAGGCGGCGGCCCAGCGGGUGAUCUCGGUGGACAGUCCAACGGAGACCUCGGUGGCAGAAGUGCUCACGCGGGUGAACAUGGCUCUACAGUCCGGGAAAUUGGUGGUGUACGGCCGCAAGAUCCACGAUGCUCACAGCUUCUUCAAGGCCAUCGACAAGGACGGCAGUGGCGCCCUGGACCCCUCCGAGCUCCAACGGGGCUUCCGGCGCCUCGGGGUGGACGUGUCGGAUGCUUUGCUGCAGCAACUCUGCGACGCUUUGGACACCGACGAGAACGGCAAAGUGGAAGCUCGGCUGGGGCUGAAAAGGAAUUGGCCGAGCUGGUUCGAGGCCUUGAAAGGCCCUUGA